AUGAUGAAAUGCGGUCCUGUGUAUGGAACUGAUGCUGAAAUCAGAAGUCUUGGCACAAUUCGAACUCGCACUGAAAAUUCCGAAAAAGAACCUGAUGCAUGUUUUCGCUCUGAAAAACCAAAAGUGUCAUCACUAAGCAAGAGCAAUGGAAAGGAAGAUCCUUGGCCAAACCUUGUCAUUGAAGUUGCGUAUUCUGAAAGCAAAUAG